UUCGUCGAGAACUAUUUCAGCCAAAAAUCAUCCAGUUUUCAAAAUACUGAACUCUCCUUGAUUGGGCCACUGUUUGUUUAGAAAAAAUAGGGUUUUUACUAUUAGAUUGUACCUCAAAAUUCUCAUCAAUGGAUACAUCUCUCUCUUUCUCUAGACUCCUCUCUUCUUCCACCACCACAUCACUCUUAUCUCCCAAAACCAAAACCCUCUCUUCCAAUUUUACCCUCCCCCUCAAACUCAACCGUUUCAACCCAAAACCUCUCCGAUUUUCCACUUCAUCCAAAAUCUCCGCCACCAUCUCCUUUGGCGACAAACUUCCCGAAUCCACCUUCUCAUACCUCGACCCCGCCGGCGAAGUCCAAACCAUAACAGUUUCCGACCUAACAAAAGGCAAAAAAGCCGUUCUCUUCGCCGUUCCAGGAGCUUUCACACCAACAUGCUCACAGAAACACUGCCAGCUUAUCAUGUGCGAUUGUUCCAGCUUAAUAGGGUGUUUUAGAUUCGUUUUUCAAAAGCUUUGCGCGCGUAAAUUGAUUCUGAUUAUGGGAAUACUAUGCGGCUUUGUUUCUAGCAAUUGGGUAAGAAUAUAUUCUGAUUCUUCUUUUCUCUAUAAUCAUUUGAAUAAGACUAUUCUCAACAGUGUGUUAUUGUUUGUGAUUCUCACUUAUAAAUAUCCAUAAUUUCUUUUCUUCUUCCAUUGCAUUUGAGGCUGAAUCAGUCAUCCAAUUCGAUUUCGAAAUGGCAACCCAAUUUGACAUGUUGUGCGAUGUUCUUCCUGGGCAUAAUUCAUGGAAGUUCAAAGUUUGUGUCCUCCGUAUGUGGGCAAUUUCUUCUUUUAUGAAGCCUAAUGAGUUGAACUCUAUGGAAAUGGUGCUGAUAGAUGAGAAGGGAGGUAAGAUUCAUGCCUUGAUAAGGAAAGAAUUGGUUUACCUAUUCCAGAAUAAAUUAAAGGAAGGGGAAGUUUAUAAGCUAUCAAACUUUGAUGUUGUUCCAGUCGUUGGAUUUUAUCGUACAACUCUGCAUCCUUACAAAUUGAUUUUUCGAUCGAAUACCAAAGUUCAGAAUUUUGCGAGUUCUGAUAUUCCUAUUUUGGGAUUUUCUUUCACCGAUCUUGCUGAAGUGGCUAGCUACUCUGUUAACUAUGAUUACCUAAUAGAUGUCAUUGGUUUAAUCUCUGGUAUAUCAAAUGAGAGGGAGUAUAUUCGUGCUGGCAAAGUCAUCAAGAUGGUUGUGCUUGAACUCACACAAUCCACAAUCCCGGUCCACGCGCAACAUAUUCUACCUGCCAUACUGUUUGCAGGUUUGAUUGUUGUUUCCAUAUUUUCUGUGUACACAGUAAUUUCAUUAAUUACCGAUAUUCAUCAUAGUUUUUUUUUUUUGACCAAUACAGUUCAUCACUAUAGGUAA